AUGGAUCAAAGUUGUGUCCGUUGUAUCGACCUCGGCCUGCGCUGCACCCGCCCAGCAGCCAGGCUUGGAAGCACGUCCUGCACGCGUUGCAUCAAAGAGCAAGCAAGGUGUCAACCCUUUAUCACCUCAGAUGAUUCCAGUGUUACCGCAGACGAAGACGCCUCAUCUUCGGACUCUGCAGACAAGACCAGUGAAGAAACCACAUCCUCGGACUCUGCAGCCAAGACGAGUGGGGAAACCACCUCCUCGGACCCCACAAUCAAGACCAGUGAUGAGGAUCUGGUAGGUCAGAGUAAGUUAAAGCGCCGGCGGGACCCGCAAGAGGAGACUCAAGCCCGCCGCAAAAAGCCUCGCCCAGUCAAAUCUCCCUCUCCUCCUGGACCACGAUAUCGCACUCGUGCUCAGGCUGCUCUAUUGCGUACACAAGCCCCACCCCGUGUGCCUUCCCCUCCUCCCCAGCAGCCAGUCCCAAGACAAAGACAGCCCGUUGCUGGACCAUCCCGGCAGCCAGUCUCAAGACAGCCCGUUACUGGACCUUCCCGGAAGCCCAUCGUUGUGGUCUCCCGGCAGCCCGUGACUCAGCCUACCCGCCAGUCUACCUUUGUGUCAUCCCGGCCGUCUGAUUUUGCCCUAUCGGCGCGGCCCAUCUCUGGGCUCUCCCGGCCUCCCUUACCGGCCAAACAGAAGCAGCCUGAGAUGCCGCCUCGAAAGGAACCUCCUCUCUUCAUACCUGAGUCUUCACCUUAUCUCGACUUGCCCUCUCGAUCCCCACACUUGGCGAACUUCCGGCCUCCCUCGCCGGCCAUAGAGAAGCAGCCUGAGAUGCCGCCUCGAAAGGAACCUCCGCUCUUCAUACCUGAGUCUUCACCUUAUCUCAACUCGCCCUCUCGAUCCCCACACUUGGCGAACUUCCGGCCUCCCUCGCCGGCCAUAGAGAAGCAGCCUGAGAUGCCGCCUCGAAAGGAACCUCCUCUCUUCAUACCUGAGUCUUCACCUUAUCUCGACUUGCCCUCUCGAUCCCCACACUUGGCGAACUUCCGGCCUCUCUCGCCGGCCAUAGAGAAGCAGCCUGAGAUGCCCCCUCAGAAGUCACCUCCUCCCUGGGUGAUUGACUCUGAAUUUCCUCUCGACUCGGAAUUCUUUGGGGGCCUAAUACCGGCCAAACAGAAGCAGCCUGAGAUGCCGCCUCAAAAGGAACCUCCUCUCUCCAGACCUGAGUCUUCACCUCUUCUCGACUUGCCCUCUCAAUCUCAGCACCGUCCAGAAGUCCUUCCUACCUCAUCCCCGCCCAACCAGCAGCCCCUCUCAGACCCCAAGGCCCUUCUAAGUCUCCCCUUUUCGCAGCACAGUCCAGAAGACCCUCCCCCUGCUUCUGCCCCUCCCAGUGCAUCGCCCCAUCAGCGCAGUCCAGGAGCUGGUCCUAGUCCCCUCAGACCCCAAGCCCCUCCUGAUCCAACUUCUUCGCAGCUCAGUCCAGAGGGCCCUCCCUCUGGUUGUACCCUUCCCAGUACAUCUUCACAUCAACCCAGUUCAGGAGCUUCUCUCAGUCCCUUUAGACCCCCAGCCCCUCCUAAUUCACCUUUUUUGCAGCGAAGUCCAGAAGCCCCACACCUUGGUUCUGCCCCUCCUAGUUCAUCUCCACAUCAGAUGAGACCAGAAAAUGCUCACAAUCCAAUAAUUGAAACCACUACACCCAGUCAGAGCCCUCCAAGCCCAGUCAAUCCUCCAGUGAGCUCGGACACUUUCCAAGAAGCCAAUCCUCCUUCAAACAAUCUUCCUGAUCCCAGCCCUGAUCCACCUCAAGAAGGCCAACAAGACCAAGACCAACAUGUCCCUAACCACGAGGAAGAUGAGCCAGGCACUCCUGAAUCUACACCCCCACCUGACGGCUUCACACAGUCUAACCAAACUUCUGACAAUCUUCCUGUUCCCAGCCCAGAAGACCGCCAAGGAGGUCAACCGGAGCAAAACCAACCUGCAUCCGACAGACAAGCUGAGGCACGUCCAGCUGACUCUCCAGCCCGGUUUGAUAUCUUUCAAGAGCUGGGGCAAAACCCUGGCAAUCUUCCUGCUGUCAGGCCAGAACAGCUCCAAGGAGGCUUACCCCAGCCAAUCCAAAUUGACCCCAACAUAGGAGGCGGCGGGACUCCUGAAUUCAGAGCCCGUUUCCGCAGGCCCCGCUCAGAUGACUCGGCAGCUGGAGCCGUCAGACGUCCUCACAGGGUUGUGCUUGAGUCGAGGGUCCAUGCAACUUAUGCAGACAUCCACCGAGGCCUUUCGAGAAUCUUCAACCACAACCCUGCCCAAGACCACGUAGAGAUUCAGGACAGGGUCCUUCUCCUUCGAUAUGUAUACGAUCAGUUUGCAAGCCUUGCUAACUCCUCCUUUGAGGCUAUCAUUCCUGAAUAAUUAAUUUUCAAAUUUCAUCUUCUUGUCCUCUCCUGUCUCUCCAACUUACAAAAAACAUAGAUUUCUUCUCUCUAAUCUUUUGAUUCUUCAACCAGUGUUUCCUGUUGGGCCUGAACCUGUUGGGUCUGAAGACCCAAGUGCCCUAUAUUGUG